AUGUGCUAUAUACUCCCCUACCUGUUUAGUGAUGGUUAUUGUGCGAGAGAAGAUCGCUAUAGGGGAAUACCUUACUCGCCUUUAUGUAUUGGACAGUGGGUUUUACCUAAGUUUAUUGCGAAGAAUUCUAAAGGAGCCGCUCCGGUGUUUAUGGCUGGUGAUAGUACUUCUCCCUUAGCCAAUAUCACUCCUGCAAGUUCUGCUAGAAAUUGGCCUACCACAUCAAUGGACUGUCACCCUAUCAACAAGCGAAAACCUAACUUCUUUGCUCCACACAUAUUAAACCGAGCGACACGAAAUUGCCUAGCAACUCAUCCACUUCGACCGGAAAUUCUCAACUAUGUUCUCUGGCAAGACAAGGGCAAAAGAGAGUCUUACCUAAGACUAUGUAUCGAGUACUCCGAGAACUUGAUUGUAGUCCGAGACGGCCUAGAUAGUCUUAGCAACCCCAUAAUAAGAACGGACUAUCUAUCCGGAAUUCUCCGACUAGAACGAAGACUAUUGAAUGUUAGAGUGCUACGACAUGCUGAUAGAUCGGAGAGGGAUAUUCAUGAUAUCAGUUUCCCCCUACAAUCAUUGAACAGACCGUCCUACACCCUGGGCUCCAUCGAUCGUUUCAGUAGGAUGAUGUCCCUGCUCGUGUGGAGCAGCAGGCGGAGUUGUGUUUCUAUGACGGAGCUACUCUGGAUGAUACUUACUAAGGUCUACGGAGUGGACCCCGCACAGGGCGCACUGGCAGUAAUUAGGACUGAUGGAUACAUUGGCAUUGUUGCACGGCUUGAUAAUGCAGUGAAAUUGGAUGAAUAUCUGAAGCAGUGA